CAGCUUCGAUAUCUGAUGAAAGAAGGAAUUAAAGCAGCGGCAGUACGGCCGCAGCAGUCGAAGCGAGACGUCAUCAGGAGCGACAUCGAUGGCAGCGCGUACAUCCUUGGAGAAGGGAGACAGAGAGAUUUAUUGGGAUUUAUACCUGACAGACGUCGGAGUUGCCUGGUUGUUCGCGAUAGGGUUCAACUUUUAACUACUACGACUACGCCGUGCGGAAAAAAAAACGUAAACAGGCUUUCAAUCAGUCUCCACAGCGGCCAAUUCGUCGCAGUACGCAUUAAACUGCCAACCACGAAGGGCAGGCGUUAUACAUGGCUUCGCGCAAUUUGUUCACAGGUACCCGGAGAUGCUGCCACAGUAGCUGCUGUUUGCCCGGACUCCCCCUGUUCAUCAGGGGGAGUCCACUGACCCGUCCCCUGGGAC